UUCCCCUCCCUCCCUGCAUCUCUUGGUCUGGGAAGGAAAGAACUGAAACACUGAAGCCUGGCUCCAGAGAAAAUCUGGAGCAAAGUGCCCAGCUCAGAAGGGUUUGUGAGGCUCAGUGAUUUAGCAGUAGCUCGCGCUCGGUCACGCGAUGUCUGUCCUUCUGUCCUGGCAGCGUGGGGCCCCGGAGUCGCAUGGCGUCCAAGCCCACUGAGCCGGUCACCGUCCUCAGCCUGCGCAGGCUGAGCCCCGCGGGCCUGGAGCCGCAGCAGCAGAAAGAGCCCAAGACCUUCACGGUGGAGGACGCGGUGGAGACUAUCGGCUUCGGGCGCUUCCACAUCGCCCUGUUCCUGAUCAUGGGCAGCACGGGGGUUGUCGAGGCCAUGGAGAUCAUGUUGAUCGCAGUGGUGUCCCCUGCCAUCCGCUGUGAGUGGCACCUGGAGAACUGGCAGGUGGCAUUGGUGACCACGAUGGUGUUUUUCGGUUACAUGGUAUCCAGCGUCCUCUUUGGGCUCUUGGCUGACAGAUACGGUCGCUGGAAGAUUUUGCUCCUGUCCUUCCUGUGGGGCGCCUACUUCUCCUUGCUGACCUCGUUCUCACCCACAUACAUCUGGUUUGUCUUUCUGCGGACCAUGGUGGGCUGUGGCGUGUCUGGCCAUGCACAAGGGCUAAUUAUAAAGACUGAAUUUCUGCCCACAAAAUAUCGAGGCUACAUGCUCCCUCUGUCUCAGGUUUUCUGGCUCUCUGGCUCGCUGCUCAUCAUCGGCCUGGCCUCCGUGGUCAUCCCCACCAUCGGGUGGCGCUGGCUCAUCCGCAUCGCCUCCAUCCCAGGCAUCGUCCUCAUCCUGGCCUUCAAGUUUAUUCCCGAGUCUGCUCGGUUCAAUGUCUCCACCGGGAACACUCAGGCCGCCCUGACCACCCUGCAGCACAUUGCCAAGAUGAACCGCUCUGCCCUGCCGGAGGGGCAGCUGGUGGAGCCCAUGCUGCUCCUCUCUCCCGCCUCACCCCUGUGCAGCAAUAGUGGAAGGAGUGGAAAUGGUCAAAUCUUAAGUCCAGUGAGUUCUGCCUUGGCCAAUGACCCUAAAACGCCAAAGACUAAGUGGCGGAGAGGAAUGUGUGGAGCAAAGCUAUGCGCGGUGUUUGGCCAGGAAAAAAGGGGAAGAUUUGCAGACCUACUGGAUGCUAAAUAUUUACGGACUACGCUACAGAUCUGGGUUAUAUGGCUGGGAAUCUCUUUUGCCUAUUACGGGGUCAUCCUGGCGAGCGCCGAGCUGCUGGAGCGGGACCUGGUGUGUGGGGCAAAGUCAGAGUCACAGGCAGCGGUGCCCAGCGAGGACUCAGAAGGGAGCCAGAGCCCCUGCUACUGCCACCUGUUUGCCCCCUCUGACUACCGGACCAUGAUCAUCAGCACCAUUGGGGAGAUUGCUCUGAACCCUUUAAACAUCCUGGGCAUCAAUUUCCUUGGAAGACGGCUGAGCCUUUCUGUCACCAUGGGAUGCACGGCUUUAUUUUUCCUUCUCCUCAAUAUCUGUACAUCCAGCGCCGGCCUCAUCGGCUUCCUCUUCACGCUGAGAGCCCUGGUGGCUGCGAACUUCAACACCAUCUACAUCUACACAGCAGAGGUCUAUCCCACCACGAUGCGUGCCCUGGGAAUGGGGACCAGUGGCUCCCUGUGCCGCAUCGGGGCCAUGGUGGCGCCAUUCAUAUCCCAGAAAAGAGCCCAUUGGUGAAAGGAUUAAAAUAUUGACUUCCCCUGGAUGAGCAGACCAAGGCGUGGUUAAUAUCUCCAGCUUUCAUUAGGAAUUGAGUCUCUGGGUUCUCAGUCUUCUGGUGGGUUUGUAGGGCAGGAGAGAACCCAACUGGACCAACUGGAUGCUCUGCUUAGCAUCCUGGGGCUGGUAUGGGUUUCCUCUUUCUUGUUCCCUAAGACAGCUAUUAAAUCAGCUAAAGGAAAAUGUUUACAAGUGACCAGUGAUAUAUUUGUACACUUGAAUGACUACAGUUAUAAGUUUAAUACAGAUGCACCUCUAGAAAUGAAUGUUCGGAGCUGUUUAGCUGUCAGAAACUAACUGUAACAGAAAUAAUGGUAGCUUUAAGUAUGUAGUUCAAGAAAACCAAAAAGCAUUUUGCUACAAAAUUAAAGACUAGUCAGGCCUCUGCCGAUAGGCCAGGGACUGACUGAAUCCUCCCACCCUUGGAAACUUCUAGAAACCAGGCAGUUCUAGAAACCAGGUGUCUUAGUUCAAGCUGCUCUAAUAAAAUAUCAGAGCCUUAUAAAUAAUAGAAAUUUGUUUCUCACAGUUCUAGAGCUCAGGUGCCCACAGUGGGUGGUUCUGGUAAGGUCCUCUUCCUGGCUGGUAGAUGGCUGCUUCCUCACUGAAGCUUUAUAUUUGGAAAGUGGAAGAAAUAGCUCCUCUGGGGCACAAAUCCCAUUCAGGAGGGCUUACCCUCAAGACUUAGUUACCUCCUCAAAGUCCCACUUCUAAAUAUGAUAGCCUCACACUAAGGAUCAGGAUUUCAACACAUGAAUUUUGGAGGGACACACUUAGCCCAUGACACCAGGCAUCCCUCAUCCUCAGUUCAGUGACAUAUGGCACUGGUUCCUCCUGCAGAUAGCUGAGUCCUCCUGGCACAUGCCUGUCAUCUAGGUUUGCAGUACAGGCCCCUUGUAGCCCAAGGUUGUGUGGCUGUGGUGAAUAUGGGGUUGGGGUCUGGCUCCCCUGCGGCUGGACUCAACAAAUGAGUCUGCCAUCCAGAAAGAGGACUGAAGAGCAUUCCAAGUCCUUGAAAAGCUUCUCAGAGGGGUGUCAGUGGAGACAUCCAUUCAUAAGAUCCAGCGAACGUUGUAAACAUCUUACUUGCCUGACUGACUUCCGUCACCGGUGGCAUGGCAGUUGUCCCCAGUCUCCUCCCUUCAACCUUAUUACUCUGCCAAGUACAGCAGAACCAGCUCUUUUAUGGCUCCUCCUACAGCAUUCUCUGAAAUCUUUUCUCUUGAGCAGCUCUGUGCUGUAACUGAAAUCAUUCAGCCUGAGAUGUUUAUUUGGUAGGAUUCAGAAGGAAGCAGGGUAAACAGAGGAUCUUUGUUAGAGAAAGAGAUUCCUUCAUUUCAGAACCUAUUUUGAUGACUCAGGAAAUUUUUAUUUCUGGAGUAAUUUCUACCAAUUUUAGAGAACUUCUAGUUUGUUAGAACCCCCCUGAACAAGACUCAAUUAGCUAUAAUGUGUAUUAAAUAAAAUAGAAUUAAAAGUUAAAUCAUCCCAGGGGCUGAGGAUGUAGUUCAGUGGUAGAGCACUUGUCUAGUUGUACACAAGGCCCUGGGCUCAAUCCCCAGCACUGCCCCCCCCCACAAAAAAACCAAAUCAACUGAAAAUUCAAUAUCUACAUUGCAUUUAAAAAAGAUCACCCUUGUUGUUGUAGAGAUAGAGACUUAGAAGGCAUUGUCCUCAUAUUAGUCUAUUUUUCACUAAUGUACCAAAAUAACCAGGGCUGGGUACUUCAAUAUAAAGAAAAGAGGUUUAUUUUGUUCACAUUUUGGAGGUCAAAAGUCCAAGACUGGGAGUCCCCAUGACAUCCAGGCAGGAGGCAGAGGCAGAGAACACGUCAAACAGGAAAUUUCUCACAGUCCCUUCUGAGGGCACACCUGCAGGUCACCUCAGGACCAUGGGCCCCACCAUGGUCACCCAAGGACCAAGCUGUGAGUGAAUGAGCCCUUGGGGACAAGCUCAAACCACAGCAGCCCCAGCUCUGUUCAUGGCAGUAAAUAAGUGAAACAGGAUCCCAGUGGUGUGUGCAGCUGGCUUGUGCUAGCUUGUGGAAGUUGAUGGUUCAAUUUUCAGGAAAAUCUGCAAGCUAUUUAAUGUCACAUUGCAGUUUGAAAUUAGCCACAGGGCUAGGAUGUACAUCAUGGAAGUUGGGAAAUGCUGUAUGGCAGGAUUUGGGGGUUCGAGGGAACCUGUUGUUGAAUAUUUGGCUGUACAACACUAUAGUGUCCUGCCCUCAAGAAACUUACUUUGAAGUUGGGUUCUUUGCAAAUAUGCAAAGAAUUUAAGAUAGUUUCAGGUUGUGGUUUGUGCUUUGGAAAUAACUUAUUCAUGGGGGGGGGUGACAGGUUUUCUGGGUGAGUCCUCUCUGAGGUGACAUGGAGUUGAGACCUAAAAUAUGAGAAGUUGUCAGUGGUGUAGAGGGAAAUACAGACUUUCAAGUAGGAUGACAACUGCUACAAGGGCCAGAGGGCCAGACACUGGCGUAUUCCAGGAAUAGGAAACUCCAUGGCAACCAAGCCGAGGGACACGCAGGGAGAGAAUGUGCCUCUCAGGCCCAGUGAGGGCUUUAGAUUUUCUCUCAGGAACAAUGGGCAAUAGGUUAAGGGUUUUAAGCGACAACUUAAGGGAUAUGAUUAGUGUUCCAUUUUAAACAGGUCACCCUGUUUGCUGUAGAAACAGUGAAUUAGAGGGAAUCAAAGGUGAAACACCCUUCUAACAAGAUUGGAAAAGCAGAGUUCAGAAUCCCAGAGAACACUUCUUCUCAUAGCAUGGAGAUAGAGGAAGAGAUGGUAAAUCUGAUUGCAUAAUAUUCUGCUGAGCCAUGAUUUUGUUGUCCGGUCAAGUGCCUAGCCUUUCUGUGAAGUACGGAAACCAGUAAGUCCACAAAUAAGAUGCUGCAGAAACUCCCUAGGUUAACUGAAAUCAAAACUCCGUGCAUUCAAAAUGUUUGUAAAGGAAGUUGGCUAAAUAACAAAUUUAUGGAAAAACUUGCUUGUCAAAGAUAAGCCAGGUACUCAUUAAAGUGGUAAGGGUGAGUUUUAAUUAGUAAUAAUGAAUUAGUAAUAACUUAGUGCAAUAGGCUAAAAUCCAGUGUGAACCAAAUACUUGCAUGGACACAGACAAAUAGGUCUAUGAAAGGGAACGUGUGGGUGGGAGGGGAGGGAAGGGCAGAGACUUGAGUCAGGGAAAUUAAAAAAUCACAUUUGGCAAAGGGGUGUUGGUCCCCACAAGUCACCUGGGCUCACUCACUGCUGCUGUGGGAAUUGGGGGCACCCCUCCCCAGAGGCAGGGACACGGGCCCUGUCUGUAGGUGUUGGCUGGAAGAAGUAGCCACUUUGUUAGCCGGGAGUUUUGCCUGUUGGGCAUUUAUAGGGAGCUCCCGUCAUCCAAGGCAACUGCCUUGAGCUGUUAGAAACUGUGCUUUUGUUCAAAUCUUUAGACCAAGGCUGAGGCCUAUUUGGGAAGAGGGCUCAGAGGAGCCUCCCUAGGAUCCAAUCAAGGAGAGGAGUUUUGUCAGUGUUAAGUGUGAUGCUCAAAUAUGUUUGUGUUUAAAAUAUUUUAAGUCAUGUAUUUGAGGUGUGGCCCAUGCCUGUAAUCCAGCAUAUAAGAGGCUGAGGCAUGAGGAUCACCAAGAGUUCAAGGCCAGCCUGAGCUACGUAGUGAGUUCAAGGCUGGCCUGAACUAUAUAGCAAGACCCUGUCUCAAAACACACGCAUGUGUACCUGUGCACACAAACACAAGAUACUCAAAGGCAAUUUUGACAUCAAUUUUUUCAUUUCGUGCAGAAAAUACAAAAUGACAAAGUUAAAGUUUUGGAGUUUUUUUUUUUUUUUUUUUUUUUUGGUACCAGGGAUCAAACUCAGGACCUUGCACUUGCAGGGCAGGUGGCGGAACCACUGAGCUAAAUCCCCAGCCCAGACAAAGUGAAAGUUUUACUAAGAUUUUGAUGAAGUUCUUUUAAUGUGUAUCUACAUGAGUAUAACUAUACAUAUACAUUUUACCCAAAUAUGAUAAUUCAUCUACUUUUUUGGCACUCAAUAUGUUGCAGACAUUUUUCAUGUCCACAAAUAUAAAAGGUCCUGUUUAAUGUUGAAAAAUAUUUGAGAGAGAGAUCUAAAAGUUACUCUUCAGAGCAGGUGUCACAGCGCACACCUGUAAUCCCAGCACUGGGGAGGC